GAGCCGGGACGCGGCUCCGCGCUCCGCACCCCGCGGAGCGGCCCGGCCCGGCUCGGCUCAGCCCAGCCCAGCCCCGGAGCCAUGCCGCUGCCGUGCCGGGGCUGGACGCUGGCGCUGCUCACGCUGCUCGUGGGGUUCCUCAUCUUCGCCGAUAUCUCUGAGAUCGAGGAGGAGAGCGGGAGUUCUGGAGGCAGAGGUACAAUCAGAUCAGCUGUGAACAGCUUACAUAGCAAAUCUAAUAGAGCUGAAGUAGUAAUAAAUGACUCUUCGUCUCCAGCUGUUGUUGACAGAAGUAAUGAAAGCAUUAAGCACAACAUUAAACCAGCCUCAUCCAAAUGGAGACACAACCAGACACUCUCUUUGAAGAUCAGGAAACAGAUCUUGAAGUUCCUGGAUGCAGAGAAGGACAUUUCAGUGCUGAAGGGGACGCUGAAGCCGGGGGACAUCAUCCACUAUGUGUUUGACAGGGACAGCACCAUGAACGUCUCACAGAACCUGUACGAGCUGCUGCCCCGCACCUCACCCCUCAAGGGCAAGCAGUUCCCCACCUGCGCCAUCGUGGGCAACUCAGGGGUCCUGCUCAGCAGCCGCUGCGGGCCUGAGAUUGAUGCACACAGCUUCGUGAUAAGGUGCAAUCUGGCCCCUGUCCAGGAGUACUCACAGGAUGUGGGCAUGAAGACAGACCUGGUGACUAUGAACCCCUCUGUCAUCCAACGCGCCUUCGAGGACCUGGUGAAUGAGACAUGGAGGGAGAAGCUGCUGCAACGCCUCCAUAGCCUCAACGGCAGCAUCCUCUGGAUCCCAGCGUUCAUGGCCAAGGGGGGCAAGGAGCGAGUGGAGUGGGUGAACGAGCUCAUCCUGAAGCAUCACAUCAACGUCAGGACUGCCUACCCCUCGCUGCGCCUGCUGCACGCUGUCCGAGGGUACUGGCUAACAAACAAGGUGCACAUCAAGCGACCCACCACCGGCCUCCUCAUGUACACCUUAGCCACUCGCUUCUGCAACCAGAUCUAUCUCUAUGGCUUCUGGCCCUUUCCCCUGGACCAGAACCAGAACCCUGUCAAGUACCACUACUACGACAGCCUGAAGUAUGGCUACACCUCGCAGGCCAGCCCACACACCAUGCCCUUGGAGUUCAAAGCCUUAAAGACGCUGCACCAGCAGGGAGCCUUGAAGCUGACUGUGGGGGAGUGCGAUGGGGCCACGUAGGGUGGUCCCCAGCCAUAUUCCUGCACAGCCACGGGAAGAAGGGGAGGGGGCAGAAAGGACAAGUGGUGCCUGGUGGGGUUGGUUGUCUUUGUCAAUGCGCAGAACAGUGACACAAAUAUAUAUACGUGGUACCUAUAUAUAUUGACCUGAGUAUUAUAACUGUUUGGUGUUCACCAAGGAAGGGGCAGGAGAGAUGCUGGAGCAUCUGGCGUGACUGGCCUGGGUGAGACCCCUUGCCAUGGGCUUGCUGGGCUCGCCCAACGUCCGAAAGGUGUGAAGGUGGCCUUGGUUUUUGAGGGUAUGUUAGGUGAUGGGUAAACGUUAAGCCAUUUGUCGUGACUGGUCCAAGGUUGGUAGUUAGUUUGUUUGGCCAAGGAUGCCGGCGCUAUGCAGCAAGGCGCGUUCUUGGCCCCGUGCUCGUGGUGGGGAGGGGAAGGGGCAGGGAGCGGGGUGGGCAGGGAAGGUUUGUUGGUGGCUCUCACAGCCAAGGGACUGCCCAUGGAACCAAGCAGGAUCUGUCUCCUGCCCAGCAGGGAUCAGUGCCCAGCAGUGGUGCACAGUUCCAUCCAAAAUGUGGACCACCAGGCUGAGCACAGCCUCCAGAGAGGUGAGGGUGAAGCCUCCAGGGCUGCAGCUUGAUCUUCAGGAGGUGGUGGGGAGCAGUGCUAAGCUGAACCUAGUGAUAUUUGCUCAGAGAGGAGAUGUGAGGGCCUCUGGAGAAUGGGCACAUCGGCAUUGAGCCAGGCGGACAGCAACGAGGAUGCUGAGCAUGUAUUUUUCUCUUCCUUUUCUAAGGAGUAAUUUAGAAAGAAGCCAAGAUGCUGGAACGUGGCAGAGAGGAGGUUUGCUGCUGUAAACUGGCACCAUUAGUAUUAAGUGUCUUGCUGUGCCACAGUCAAAGACACUCAACAUCAGUCAGGACUUGUGAAAACCAUAAGUGCAUCUAGCUCUUAAUGCCCAAAUGCUACCUGCUAAGCAGCCUGCCUUCUCUCCCCCUCCAGAAACAACCACUGAAGUAUUGCUGAUAGGCCUGAGACCCAGCCAAGAAGAAAGACCACAGGACUUCAAGAGACUUUGUCAUCUCUAAAUACUUUAUUCUCUUCCCCCACCAAGAACCAGCACACAGCGCUGCACUCCCAAAGUCCCACUCUGUCCUUUCUGUCAAGCUUUGAUUAGCUCUUACUCUGAACAGUUAAAGCGGAUGUCAGAUAGACCUUGGUGGGAUGCUUGCCUAGUGAUGGAUGUCAAAGAAAUAAUCUUUUCCCAUUAUA